GAUUAUGUUAUGAAUCUCUGCUCAGAUUAUAUACUCCACCAGACCAGUAAAUUGGUAGUCUGGAACUAAACAUGUUCUCAGCAGAGAACCUCCUUCUUUACUUGUUUGCAUUACUUGUAAUGCAACCAUGCUUUUCUAUCGACUCCAUCACAGUAAACCAAACUCUUAAAGACGGUGAAUCCCUCAUCUCUCCAGGCAAAUUCUUCGAGCUCGGAUUCUUUUCCCCCGGGAGCUCUAGCAGCCGUUACAUUGGCGUCUGGUACCACAAUUUUCCGGAAAAAUACGUUGUUUGGGUGGCCAACAGAGACGCUCCAAUAACAAACAGUUCUGGAGUUCUUGCUGUUGAUAAAACAGGGCAGCUUGUUUUAUUUUACAGCGAAAAUCCACAAGUUAUUAUAUGGUCUAGCAACAUUUCGCUAUCCGGAGCUAAUAACAACUCUGCCAAGCUACUGGAUACUGGAAACUUGGUUCUGUUCAAGAAUACGUUCAGCGGAAAAAAUAUUUUGUGGGAAGGUUUUGAUCAUCCUACUGAUACGCAUCUUCCCACAAUGAAGUUCGGGUGGAAUAAAAAGACGAAGAGAGAUACGUUUUUUACGUCUUGGAAGUCCCCUGAUGAUCCAGGAAUGGGGGAGUAUAGUUAUAGAUUUAUUAUUAAUGGAUCGGUUCCUCAGUUAUUUAUUUACGAUGGCUCGAGGCCUUAUAUGCGAAUGGGACCGUGGAAUGGAAUUACAUAUUCUGGUCUCCCCGAAUAUUCUGUGGAUUCUGUGAAUGAGGUUUCUAAAGUGUACUAUAUUGACAAUGAGGAGGAGGUGUCGACGUAUUACACGAUUAGUGAUCCGACAUAUAUCACGAGGUCUGUCGUGGAUGACAAAGGCAUUGCGCAGAGGCUGAACUGGAACGCGGAGCUGCAGAAGUGGAAGUCCUCCUGGGAGGGGCCAGACGGCAAUUGUGAUAAGUACGCGACUUGUGGUGCAUUCAGCACUUGUAACUCAUUGAGAGUGGCUGACCAGGGCUGCGUGUGUCUGCCAGGAUAUGUGAACAAGUUUACAGGGGAGUUAUCGUCGACAUCAUUUGAUGGCUGUGUGAGGAAGACUAGGGCCCUGGUGUGCCGCAAUGGGGAGGGGUUCAAGAAGGUCUCGGGAGUGAAGGUGCCAGACACUGUCAAUGCUCAAUUGGAGCCGAGUUUGGGAAUUAAGGCUUGUCGCGACUUGUGCCUAAAGAACUGCUCGUGCACAGCGUAUGCAGCUGCCAGUAUUACUGAAGAUGUUGGAUGUUUGACAUGGUAUGGAGAACUGGUAGAUGUGCGGCAAUUUUCCCAGGGAGGCCAGGAUCUCUAUUUACGGGUAGAUCACCACGAGCUAGCUGAGGAUUCAAAGAAGAGAAUCUUAAAAGUUUUGCUCCCAGUAGUCUUCACCGUGGUGCUGAUACUUGGAAUCACAUGUUGGUUGCUAAGGAAAAUGAGGAAGAGAGAAAGAAUCAAUAGAAACCUCGAACUGUCAAAUGGUUCUGAAAAAGAUGAUAUAGCAUAUAUGGAACGUUACUCGGACGUGAAUGCAUCAAAAGAAGCAGGAACAACAAGCGCAGAGGUUCACUGCUUUUCAUCGAGUACGAUUAUUGCAGCCACGGAAAAUUUUUCUGUAACGAAUAAGUUAGGAGAAGGCGGUUUUGGCACCGUAUACAAGGGACGAAUGCGCGGUGGACAAGAUAUUGCGGUGAAAAGAUUAUCAAUUACAUCGAAGCAGGGGCUAGAGGAAUUCAGGAAUGAAAUCAUUCUUAUAGCAAAACUUCAACACAGGAACCUAGUAAGACUGUUGGGGUAUUGUAUUCAGCAGGAGAACAUGUUGAUCUACGAGUAUUUGCCAAACAGAGGGUUGGAUUGCUUCAUUUUUGGAGGAAAGUCGGAGCUGAAUUGGCGUACUCGCUUUGAUAUCACAAUGGGAAUCGCUAGAGGAAUGAUAUAUCUUCACCAUGAUUCAAGAUUAAGAAUCAUUCACAGGGACCUAAAAGCUAGUAAUGUAUUACUCGAUGCUUCCAUGAACCCCAAAAUAUCAGAUUUUGGCAUGGCUAGAAUAUUUGGCAACGAACAAAAUGGAGACACGACAAAUAGAGUUGUUGGAACAUAUGGUUAUAUGUCACCAGAAUACGCUAUGGAAGGACAUUUCUCCAUAAAAUCGGAUGUUUUUAGCUUUGGCGUUUUACUACUAGAAAUCAUCAGUGGCAGAAGGAACUCGAGCACUUUUGAUGCUGAAAACUCUGUAAAUUUAAUUGGUCAUGUUUGGGAUCGGUGGCUAGAAGGUAAACCUUUGGAAAUAGUGGAUCCAUCAUUGGGAGAAUCAUACGAGGUUAGUGAAGUUUUAAGAUGCAUUCAUACCGCGUUGUUGUGUGUACAAGAAUCUGCUGCUAUUCGGCCAACAAUGUCAGAGGCCGCGUCCAUGUUGUGCAACGAAAGAACUCCUCCAUCAACUCCAGAACAGCCUGCAUUUGUCAACAGAGCAAGAGGAAAUAUUGGACCUGUAAACUUGAGUUUCUUUUAUGAAACCGAAGGCACUACUGUUAGUGAUGAUACAGUAGGUAUAACUGAAGGUCGAUAAAAAGUGUGACAGCCAUUAUCCUAUUGAGUGAUGAAUAAACAUCAUAACGCAAUCUACAUGAAUUCUUAUGAACUACUGUAAUUUGUAUAAAUGGUUUGAUCUUUAAUUGUCGAACUAGUCAUUUAAGAAAUUUGUCUUGAUCAGUAAGAAGUUCU